AUGACGCUGAAGGCAACCAUUGCGGUGUGGGCCCGUCGCGUGUGCGACCCGCGCGACACCAAGGCGGCGUGGGUCGUCGCACGGCUGCUUCUGAUCGCAGAGGCGGUGCUGUGCUCCGCGAUCAUCGCCAAACUCCUGUGCUCCGCGAUUAUCGCCAGAGUCUCCUGUGCGUCUCGCCAUUGCCACUCGCCCGCCAUCGUCACUCCCCCGCCGUCACUGUCGUCUUCCAAACCACACUUCUUCCAUUCAUCCUGCUUGUAUGACCCACCCCGCUUGGUCCCAUGCACCCUCUUGCCCCACCCCCCAGACACCAAGAUAGACUGGGAUGCGAACAUGGCGCAGGUCACAGGCUUCCAGCACGGCGAACGGGACUACACCAAGCUGGAGGGCAGAAGACACAGUCCCUCUUGUGUACCCUGCCAGUUCUACCUUGUAGGCAGUUCAAACCACGCUGCUGCUCUCAUCCACCCGCCCCCUUGUUCCCCACCACCAGACACCAAGAUAGACUGGGAUGCGUACAUGGCGCAGGUCACGGGCUUUCAGCACGGCGAGCGGGAUUACACCAAGCUGGAAGGCGAUACGGGGCCUCUCGUCUACCCUGCUGGCUUCCUCCUAUCCUUCUCUGCCCUCAAAUGGGUCACCGGGGGGCUUGUUGCCAACGCCCAGGUGGCCUUCCUCGUCCUCUAUCUCAUUAACCUCCUCAUGGUCUUCGCCAUCUAUAUUCGCACACAGGCGGUGCCCCCCUGGGCGCUCGUGCUGCUCUGUCUCUCCAAGCGCAUACACUCCAUCUUCCUGCUGCGCCUCUUCAACGACUGCCUCGCCAUGGCCUUCCUGCACGCCUCGCUCCUCAGACUGCAAUCGUCCAGAUGGAUCCCAGCAGUGCUCCUAUUCAGGUCAGUAAAUUUCAAGUGCACUUGA